AUGGCCAAUGUCUCCUUGGUGACAGGAUUCUUCCUCUUGGGGUUUUCUGACGAGCCCGAGCUGCAGACUUUCCAUGGUGUGCUCUUCCUGCUGCUGUACCUGGCAGCCCUCAUGAGUAACCUCCUCAUCACCGCUCUCAUCACCCUGGACCUGAAGCUCCAGACACCCAUGUACUUCUUCCUCAGGAGCUUGUCUCUGUUGGAUGUCUCUUUUGUAUCUGUUCCAGUCCCAAACUUUAUUAUUGACAGCUUCACACACAACAAUUCCAUUUCCAUUCUGGGAUGUGCCUUCCAGAUACUCUUGAUGACUUCCUUCGCGGCAGGAGAAACAUUUGUCCUCACUGCCAUGUCUUAUGACCGCUAUGUGGCCAUCUGUCACCCCCUGCAUUAUGAGGUCAUCAUGAAUGGCAGGGCCUGUGCUCUGCUGGCAGGUGCAUCCUGGGCCCUUGGAGGACUCUUUGGAGCUGUGUACACAGCUGGCACGUUCUCCAUGCCUUUCUGUGGCUCCAGCGUGAUCCCAGAGUUUUUCUGCGAUAUUCCCUCAUUACUAAGGAUUUCAUGCUCUCAAACACCCAUUGUAGUAUAUGUAAGCAUAGCAAUUGGCAUGUAUGCAGGCGUGUCUUGCUGCAUCUGCAUUGUGAUCUCCUAUGUUUAUAUUUUCUCCACUGUGCUUAAGAUUCCUACUACUCAAGGUCAGUCCAAAGCUUUCUCCACAUGCCUCCCCCAUCUCCUUGUUUUCACUGUUUUUAUGCUAACUGCUUGUAUUGUGUAUCUCAAACCACCUUCAAGUACACCCUCAGUUCUUGACAGACUGCUUUCUGUGAUCUAUACUGUAUUGCCGCCAGUAUUUAAUCCUGUCAUCUACAGCCUGAGGAACAGUGACAUGAAAUGGGCUUUGAUGAGGUUGCUCCAAAGACUCAAGGCUAAGAAGUUCACUUCCAUCAGCAACUCCAAGCAUCUGUGCCUAUGA